GGACGGAGAGAGAGAGUGGGAGAGAAUCCAAAGAGGACAUCACAUUCACAUACAUAUCCCACCAGCGCCGCGGUGCAGGAGGAGGGAAACGGCCAAAGAGGAGACGGCGGCGGCGCAGGCGGAGGCAGGCGCAGCAGCACGCAGAUGGGCAAGUACAUGAGGAAGUUCAGGGGGGCCACGGGGGAGGAGGUGGCCGCGGUGGAGGUGACGCAGGUCGUUGGGGUCCGGACGAGGUCGAGGUCCGCCGCGGCGACGAGGGGCGCUGUGGCGACGAAAGUGCAGGGGGCGUCCACCAGGAGGAGGAAGGCGCUGCUGCCGGCGCCGGUGGGCUCCGCCAUGGGGGCUCUCCGUGACAGCGGAAGCUGCUAUCUCCAGCUAAGGAGCCGCAUGCUGUUCAUGGCCCCCCCGCCGCCGCCGCCAACCGCGAGGGCUCCGGCGGUCGAGGCGGCCGCCGCGGUUGCCGGCAGCGGAGCGCCGGCGCAUGCGGUGGCUGGCCUCUCGCGUUGCUCGAGCACGGCGUCGUCUGUGGACCUGGCAGCUCAGGACAGGAGCCUUGCGUGCCGCUCCGACGUCGCGGAGGCAGGGGGCGAGCAUGUCCAUGAGAGCUCCGCGAGCGACUCGGGGAGCGGCCAUGACCGUGAGAGGAGAGAAUCAACGCCGUCGAGCUUUCUGCCCGGGGAGGUGAGCGAUCUGGAGUCGGAUCUCGCAGGGCAGAAGCGCAGCCGGCCACUACCUUCCGCAACAGCGUCAACUCAUCAGGAAGCCACCCGUCCGAGGAUGCCACCGGCCGCCGAGAUCGAGGAGUUCUUCGCGGCGGCCGAGGAGGCCGAGGCCAAGCGCUUCGCCGCCAAGUACAACUUCGACGUCGUGCGCGGCGUGCCCCUCGACGCCGGCCGGUUCGAGUGGACCCCGGUGGUCAGCAGCAGAAGCUGAAGCGAUCGAGCGUGCAAAGCGGAAGCUACUACCUAGCUAGAAAGAAAGGUACAGGGGGGGCGCCGUGUAGAAAGGGAAGGCGAGCUAGAGAGAGAGGAGGAGACGAAGAAAAGAUGCUCAUCCAAAGGGAAUAAACGGGAAAAGAAGCGACUAAAAAAGAAGCAUUAUAGCCUAACCAACCACCGAUUCGACUCUUUUCUUUCACAUUUUAAUUUGUGGUCUUCACUUACUCUGUACUAGAAAGUAGUACCAUAGUAUUCGUAAACUAGUAAUUCGUCCCAGUAUUUAUCUUGAUAGGUAUAGAUCCCCUUACUGUAAUUGUCUCCAUCUUGUAUUUGGAUGGAAAUUAAAUUUACUGUACAGCAGCAGCAGCUGUUCUGCAAGUUUAAGUUAACCACCACCACCGUUUAAUUUC